AUGGAAACGAGAGAAAGCUUUUGGGAGCUGCAUCGCAAGCUGGCUGAGUGCUACCAGCAUGACGUGGCGGCGGGUAGCAUGGCGCCAAUGGCGCAGCACCCGCACCAUGUGCCAGUACCAGCACACCCGCCACUCAUCGAUCGGCGUGGCAGUUUGCAGCGGCGGCUCAGUCUCCAAAGUGUGCAGAAGGAGAACUCGAUGGCCUCAGGUGUGGAGGAAAAUCCAAAGUCACCAGCAGGAGGAAAGCCAGCAAGGAUGGUAUCCUUCGACAGAAACUCCACCAUCAAAGUUAUCGACUUCGACGAGGUCUCGGCGGCGAAAGUAGUCCCGACAGCAUCCUUGACGCCAUCUGCGGACGACUUCACUGAUACUGCAAAGGCCAGGGCAUCCUUACGGCAGCGGCGGAGGAGCACCGUCGAAGGAUUGCUCAGUGCCCAGGGGCUCUUGAGCCAAAGCAGCAUCGGAGAGUCCGAGGAUGACACCUGGGACAUAACCAAGGUGAAGCUCUACGCCCACAAGUGCUGGUUGCAGGAUGAUGCCCCAGACAACGAGCUCUCCGACCGACUGCUCUCCCUGUCCAAGGGGAUCAACCAGUCGGCGGAGCAGCACCAAAUCCACGAGAGCGAGUUGGAGGUUCCCUAUGAGAUGGAGGAGCAUUCCACGAUGCUGCAUCCAGCCGGAGUCCUGCGGACGACCUGGAACAUUCUAGUUGCCAUGUGUCUGAUCCAUGACUUGGUGGUGAUCCCUCUCUACGUCUUCGACAUACCCGACUCAUCAGUUCUGAUUGCGCUGGAGUGGUUCACUCAGCUCUUCUGGAACAUUGACAUUGCCAUGACCGUCAGGACUGGCUACUAUUACAAAGGUCUGCUCAUCAUGGACCCUCGAAAGGUCCUGCGCAAUUAUGUGAAGACAUGGCUGAUCCUAGACGUGACGUUGGUCUCGUUAGAUUGGGCCUUCGUGAUCCUCUCAUUGUCAGGUGUACAGGUAGACUCUGUGGCACAACUCUCGCGUACAAUCCGGUUCCUGCGCUUUCUCCGCCUGGUCCGGAUCUUGCGGUGGGUGAAAUUGCGCCGGAUGGCAGAAGUCUUCCAGGAGCUCAUUCAGUCGCAAGCUGCGAGCAUGUAUUGGAGCUUGCUCUUCGGCAUCGCGCGCCUCAUCAUCUUGAAUCACUUGAUCGCGUGCUGCUGGUUCGGCAUAAGCCGUCUGGAGGGCGCCAGCGACAACUGGGUGACCCAUGCUCGGCUGCAGGAGGAUACCACCUCUCCACCGCACAUGUAUGCUGCCUCCAUGAAUUGGGCCUUCGCUCAGCUCGGCGUGGGCGUCUCAGACAUCAGUCCCCGCACGACGCUGGAAACAUACUUCUGCAUCCUCAUCGCUUUCCGGUCGCUCAUCACAUGCACUACGCUGAUCAGUCGCAUGACAUCCUUGAUGACUGCGUUGAUCAAAGUGAAGGAGGAUGAGGAGCGUGAGUUCCGGCUCCUUCGCAGCUACCUGGUCUUCAACGAGAUCCCCCAUCGUUUGGGGCAGAAGGUUACCAGGUUUUUGCAGCAUCAGUUCAGCCUCAAGCAGCAGGCAAAGACUGCUGAUUUGCACGUUCCAUUGCUCGAGCUCCUCUCGCACCAGCUACAAGGGGAGCUCCAGUUUGCCCGGCACAGGGCAUCCCUCGCUAAGCUGGAGUUCCUGGACUUUUUGGGGAGGGGGGGGGCGGAGGGGAAAAAGUCCAAAACAGUCCCCAGAAAUAGGAACCGAAUGGGUGUGGCACAGGACCACCUCAUGGACCACCUUGACCGGCAGAUCUUGCGAAUAUUGCACGAGCUGUGCACCGUGGCCUUGGACAGUUUGCCCGUGGCCUCCAAGGAUAUGGUCUUUCUCGGUGGCUCCCAGGCCCGCAAGACAUACCUCGUUUUGGCGGGCACCUUUACCUACCACCACGACGAUGGUGCAGAGAGGGUCGAUGCUGAGUCCUGCGGCUGGGUGGCGGAGAUGUGCUUGUGGACGCCUUGGGUCUACUUGGGCGACCUGGUGUCGCAUGAUGUCUCUCGCAUCGUAGCCAUGGAUGCAGCUUUGUUUGGUCAAAUCUUGAGCCAAUCCCCGUCUACACAUGACCAUGCCAAAGACUAUGCCAAGAACUUUCUCAGCAUGAUGCGGGGCAAAACGUCCUGGACGGAUCUUCGCUAUGAAGCCAGAGACGACAACUCAAUUGGCAAUGUAAGCCGGCAUGCUUCUGUGAAGUCUAAGAAGCCACGUGCUUCCUUCACUUCCUCCUUCGCUUCCUUUUUCUGCAGAAAGAAAUCCCAAAAGCAGAUUGCCAUUGAAGAGCUGGGAUGA